AUGGAUCGCAUCCUUGCGCUGAAUGAGAGCUUGGUCAGUUUGCUGAAAACCCUUGGUGUGAAUGGAAAAGAGAUUGUUGUGACUGAUGAUGGCAGUAUUCAUGAACCAGAAAAACUAGAAACAGAGACACUUGAACCAAAAAACGAUCCAACACCAGCAACUAAACCUUCAGAAGAAAAUGAGUCAACAACGGAGACGUCAACCAAAAUUUCUGCUGAAAAUCAGCCUACGACCGAAAACGCUCCCGAGACUGAGCCAUCGACCGAUAUUGCUCCUGGGACCGAAGAAUCGACCGAAGCGGAGCCUUCGACCGAAACUGCUCCUAUGACCGAAGCAUCGACCGAAGCGGAGCCAUCGACCGAAGCUUCUCUCGAGACUAAGCCUGCGCCCGAAACUGCUCCAGAGUCAGAGCCAUCGACCGAAACUGCUCCUAUGACCGAAGCAUCAACCGAAGCGGAGCCUUCGACCGAAGCUGCUCCUAAGGCAGAGCCUCCGACCGACACUGCUCAAGAGACUGAGCCUGCGACGGAGACUGCUCCAGAAUCAGAGCAAUCGACCGAAGGUCAGCCAUCGACCGAAACUGCUUCUGAGACUCAGCCUGCGACCGAGACUGCUCCGGAGUCAAAGCCAUCGACCGAAGCUCAGCCUUCCAUCGAAAUUGCUCCUGAGACCGAAGCAUCGACUGAAGCGGACCCUUCGACCGAAUCUCCUCCUGAAACUGAGCCAUCGACCGAAGCGGAGCCAUCGACCGAAACUGCUUCUGAGACUGAGCCUGCGACCGAGACUGCUCCAGAAUCAGAGCCACUGAUCGAAACGGAGCCUUGGACCGAAACUGCUCCAGAAACUGAGCCUUCAACCGAAACGGCUCAAGAAACUAAGCCAUCGACCGAAGCCGCUCCAGAAACUGAGCCUUCGAUCGAAACUGAGCCUUCGACCGAAGCUGCUGAGGAAACUGAGCCUUCGACCGACGCUACUCCAGUGACUGAGCCAUCGACGGAAGCUGCUCCAGAAACUGAGCCUACGAUCGAAGCUGCUCCAGAAAUUAAGACCUCGACCGAAAUUGAGCCUUUGACCGAAGCCACUCCGGAAACUGAGCCUUCGACCGACACUACUCCAGUGACUGAGCCAUCGACCGAAACUUCUCCCGAAAUUGAGCCUACGACCGAAGAUGCUCCAGUGACUGAGCCAUCGACGGAAGCCGCUCCAGAAACUGAGCCCUCGACCGAAAUCAAGCCUUCGACCGAAACUGUGCCUUCUAUCGAAACUGUGCCUUCUACCGGAGCCGCUCCGGAGACUGAGCCAUCGACCAAAACUGAGCUUUUAACCGAAGCCGCUCCAGUGACUGAGCCUUCGACCGAGGCACAGCCGUCGACGGAAAGCCAGUCAUCGACCGCAACUGCUUCAGAGACUGAGCCACCGACUGAAACCGAUCCAGAGACUAAGCCAUCGAACGAAACUGCUCCAGAGAUUGAGCAAUCGACCGAAACUCAGCCUUCGACAGAGACAACUCAAAAGACUCAGCCGUCGACCGAAAAAGCGCCAGAAACUCAGACAUCAAUAGAUGCGGCUCAAGAAGCUCAACCGACUGUUGUUACUUCUCAAUCAACUUCGAGUGAUCCUGUCAUUUCAUCGGCUGAACCUUCAACGGAAUCACCUGCGACAUCAACAGAUUCAUCUCAAGAUCCUGCUUCACCAUUGCAGCCUGUGUCUGUUCAAGAUCCUAUUUCUCAGACUCAAAGUGAAAAUUCAUCCAAAAAACAGUAA